CACUGCACACCACAGCGCAGUCUCCUCUCCCCUCUCUCCAGCCACACUGCACACACAGAGCACAGAUUCGACUUUUUUAAUACAUGUUUUCUUAACACGUGCGUUUACCUCGCCAUUUCUGCAGCGUGGACAAACGGUAUUCCCUCAAUUUUCCCCCAAAAACCCAUCCAAACACGUGCGUAACGACAUUUUUUUUUAUUUGUUAAAAGAUGAAGCCCAGAUUGUUAAUGCUACUUAUAAGCUGUGUCCUUACUGGAACGUAUGGUCAAGAAGGAGAAAAAAGUGUGAAUUUAACACUGCUUGAGAUGCAAAGUAAAGAAGCGGAGAUGAGCCAGGAGAAAGACCCGGGAAAGGUGGACGUUACCCCGGUGAUGAGCGGGACUGUGAGCGCGAGAGGGCAAACACCUACCCCUGAGCCGUUAGAAGAGGAGAUGAACAACCAGGAGAAUGUCAUCAGCCAGUUGCUGGGAGAUUAUGACAAAGUGAGGACCAUAUCCUCAGGCUCGGACUGUGUUUGCCGCUGCAUUGUUCGACCAAUCAAACGCUCCGACUGUAGCCGCAUGCAGGACGGUGACACAGGGGCACCGGUCCGGGACGUUUACACUGUGGAGACGGUGAGCGCAGGUAAAGACUGUAAACGCUGUGAGUGUUUGGCCCCUCCCUCUGCUGUCAACCCCUGUGAAGGAGAAUACCGCUUUAAGAAGCUUCAAGAGGCCAGCAAGAACGACAUCAAGCUUGCCACCAUAAUAGACUUGCUGGAGGGGUCCUUGUACGGGAUGGACCUGUUAAAGUUGAAUUCUGUCACCACUAAACUGCUGACCAGAGUCGACAGCCUGGAGAAAACUUUUGCUCGUAGUCUUGCCGAAAAAUUAAAAGAGAAAGAACGAAUGAGGGAAAAAGAGAAAGAAAAGAAGUCUCAACAGAAAAAGAAGAAAGUGAGUGAUUUGGAAAGAAUGGGACAGAAGGGCGGAUCUGGCAGCGCCAACAAACAGAAACUAUAUGAAGAAAAGCAGGGGGCUAAAAAUAAGACGGAGAUUCAAAAACCUCUUCAAGAUAAACUGGAGACAAAGUCAACCAUCAAGGAUAAGAGCGGCCUGGUCGUUAAGGGCGUUACGUUUUAUAAAGCUGAAGAGGAGACAAUCAAAGAGAAAGCACAGCCCAGGAAUACAAAAGAGAGAGAUGUUGAAUUGCUAGUAUCCGACGAGCUCCCCCCAACACGCUCUGCUGUUCCUCCAGUGACUACAAAAUCACACAAAAUAGAAGUUCCUUUAGCUCCUACAUGGUCCACUAUUACUACAACCAAACCAGCAACCUCAGGCCCACUUCCGAGGACAACAGUGCCCUCUCUGCCUGCUGAUGUGGGACAACCCAUCAGUGCUGCUCCUACACAGCUCCUGCCUGGUGUGAAGACUCGUCUGAGCUGGACCGAGAGCCCAGCUGACCAGCCCAUGCCUACAAAGAAACCUGGUUUGUGUAAAGACACUGUGGCCAGUAUUUCUGAACCUGUCCAGCACAACACUUAUGGUUUACCGAAUGGAGCCUGGAUGAAGGAUGCGCGAGGCCAUGGUAGUGUUAUCUACCUGACUGAUGGUCACUAUGGCAACAUUCUGCAGGAGUUCAGAGACAUGGACGCUUUCAAAUCAGGGAAGCCCAGUAACUCAUACAAGCUGCCGUACAGCUUCACGGGGACAGGCCAUGUGGUCUUUGACGGGGCCUUCUUCUACAACCGCGCCUUCAGUCGGGACAUGAUCCGCUUUGACCUGCGGCGCAGACUAGUGGCGGCCUGGACCACACUGCAUGAUGCCCUGUUGGAGGAACAGGCCCACAGGACACACUCAGAGGUAGAGUUUGCCGUAGACGAGUCAGGUCUGUGGGUGCUCUAUCCUGCCCUGGACUCAGAAGGUUUUCAUCAGGAAGUGAUCCUUCUCACUCAUCUCCGCCCACGAGACCUGCAGCCAAUCCAGACCUUCCGAACUGGUCUGCGCCGUGGUCGCUAUGGGAACAGUUUCCUGGUUUGUGGCGUGCUCUAUGCUGUGGACAACAUACAGCAUCGCUAUGCUAAUGUGACAUACGCCUUCGACACGCACACAUUUACACACACAGUGCCUCUCUUAGCAUUCACAAGCACACACCAGCACACAGCCCAACUCAGCUACUGCCCUCUGGACAAAAAACUGUACGCAUGGGACAAUGGACACCAGAUGAUGUACGACGUCAUCUUUGCCUAUUAGACUGAGCACAGAAUCACACUGAACUCUAUGAAUGUUUAGACUGUGGAGAACUUGAACAGACACUGCUGAGCCUCACUCAAGUCCAGAGGAAACCACAACAUGCUUUUGGACACAAACUUCACGAUUUACUUUUAACACACAUAAACUCAUAAUUAUCUUGGACUUGAAAAAGCCUAGUCACUUAAAAUGUCUUUGGAAAACAUCAUGUCAGACAAACUACUGUUAAUUUUUUUCAUCUUUAUUAUACCUUUUGAAUCAGUUUAAUGCAGAAUGUAACAAAUCAAGCCUACCCCAUGUUUGUAAAACGUUAACUUUUUUUUUUAGAUUUACACAAAUUUAAGUGAAGUUCAAUGCUUUAUAGAUCACCUAAUUUUUAAUGCGCAUUUUCAAGAUUUACAAAUGUAAUUGGAAUUGGAGAUGGCCAAAUAUCACAUUUAAAAUCCUUCACCUCCACCUAAACCACAUUCAUUUGCUUUAGGUGGAUUUUAGUGGAAUUAAAGAGCAUUUUGGAAGAUGGAAACAAAUAUAAAACCCAUGUGACCAUCGGACUACAUACCUGCACCAGAUCCGAGUUCACACAGGUGAUGAACAAUGACAAAAUGUUGCUGGUUAUUUUUGGCCCAAAAUCCCCCAGAGGAGCAUAUCCCAACAAACACUGCAGAAUCCUUGAGGUUCAGGCUAAAAACAAAAGAUGUUGGCCAACUAUAACACAUACUCACAGUCUAAUCUUCAUUAGCAGAGUAAGAGCAAGAAGUAGAGAAAAUGUAUGCUUGUCCAGCGUUGUUUUAAACUUCAGUGCAGUACUUGGCGAAAACAGGGACAGCAGGCUUUAGCUUGGUGCUAAAACAUAUCUAUAACAUUAUAACAACCUGCUUAUAACCUGCUAACUUUUGUACACAACAAAAAUGUUCUGAUGCAACUUUUGGAAAUGUGGUCAUUUUAUAUGGAUGGAAACACAGUUACUGAAACAAUAUGAGACAGUAAACGAUUGUGACUGUUCUGAGACUUUGACUGCUUUUCUGCUCCAGCACCUGAGCCAAAACAAAUGAGAAAAACUGUAAUUGCAUUGAGAAGUCAUUUACUUUUGGGACUAAUCCUAACCAUUUCUUUUCUUAUAUAAGACUGUUAGAAUGGACAGUAACUAUUAAAGAACUGAGAAGUAGCCAGUAAAUUUCACAAAUUAAAGAACAUUUUGUAUUUAGGGAAACCCUGAAUGAUUGUAUUUAAAUCACUACACACAACACUUUAUUUGCACAGUAAGCA